AUGUCCUACCUCGAGAAUGUUUGCGACCAGGGCCCGACAACGAUAAUUCACCCUACGCCUUGGACGGGCAUCGGCACGGCAUUAUUUGUAUACUUGGCCAAGGUAGGCACUUUGGCCAGGCAAAGGGCAUUGGUCAAAAAUCUUUCUCUUGUUGGGAAAUCCGAAGAAAUCCAAAAUCAGCUCAAGACUGACCUUGUGGAAUCGGCUCGAGAUACUGAGGCUGCGCUUUUAGCAUUCCGAGCUCCAAGCAAGGACCGUGUAGAAGAUACCGGUGACCCCUCGACUCCGCUCAAGCACUUACAACAGUUAGUUCAAGUAUACAGACUCUCCGCCUUACUUGAGCUCUACAGAAACUUCCCAGCGCUCCUUAAUGGUCAGGUGGGAGCGCUAUCGGAAGAACCUGCUCCAGCGCACAAGAUACUAGCGCUCACAACCGCGAUACUAACAACAAUCGCCACCAUUCCGCAAACAUCAGGUGUCAACAGUCUACUUACCCUUCCGCUCAUUAUCGCCGGCAGCACACUACAAUCAACAAUAAAGUCAACACCUAGGCAAUUCCGAGAGGGAUCCUGGGCCAUUCUUUCAGAUGAUAUUGUUUCCCUAUCUAGUCAGGACGAUGUUCAGCUAUACUGGCGUAAUUUUGUCAGAAGUCGAUUACAGGCAAUCAGGGAUUAUGUUGGUAUAGCAACAGUCUCCAGGGCAAUCGAAAUUGUUGAGAAGGUGUGGACCCGGUGUGAUAUGCAGGCUUUGUCGCUGCCUAUGGAGUUUAUCCAGUGGAUCGAUGUUAUGGUGGAUGAGAAACUGGAAGCGAUCUUCGGGUGA